GUGAGUAUUUAUGUCAAUUCGAAAUUGAAAAGGAGAUCGGACGGCGUCUUUACUGGAAUCUGAGAGAGAAGAGGUUGUUACUGGUUCAAGUUCAGUACUAGGAAAACUUGUUCUGUCGAUUUAUUAGUUCAAAUAAAAGAAAUCUUUAUCUUUUGCUAGAGAAUAGAGAAUGUUUCUGUAGUAGAUAAUCCUUCAGUAUAGCAGUAAGCAAGCCCUAGAAGUUGGAGGAGGCCGUGAAUUUGAUGGGAGGUGAAAUCCAGCGCCACCACCAGCAGCGGCUUUUGGGUGUUUGCAGAGCUAGGGUUUUGUUUAGAGCUUAGGUAGAUACAAAGGAGAACUGAAGAUAUGGAUGGUGGGCGGAGAAUAGCGGUGAGCCCAAGGCCUUGCAGCGGACGGAGAAUAGUAGCAUCCAAGAAAAGAGGGAGAGCGGAUUCCUUCGUUAACAGCGUCAAGAAACUGCAGCGAAGAGAAAUCUGCUCCAAGCGACAUCGUGCUUUCUCCAUCACCGACGCCCAGGAGCGCUUCCGUAACAUUCGCUUGCAGGAGGAAUAUGAUACUCAUGAUCCAAAAGGACAUUGUUCUAUGGUAUUACCGUUUCUGAGGAAGAGGUCAAAGAUAAUAGAGAUUGUAGCUGCACGGGAUAUUGUCUUUGCUCUCGCCCAGUCUGGUGUAUGUGCAGCAUUUAGUCGAGAGACUAAUCAAAGAAUAUGCUUUCUAAAUGUCACCGCUGAUGAAGUUAUACGAAGCUUGUUUUAUAACAAAAACAAUGAUUCACUUAUCACGGUCUCAGUAUAUGCUUCAGACAAUUUCAGCUCCUUGAAAUGCAGAAGCACGAGGAUUGAAUACAUACGGAGAGGUCAACCUGAUGCUGGUUUUGCUCUUUUUGAAUCUGAGUCACUGAAAUGGCCUGGUUUUGUAGAGUUUGAUGAUGUGAAUGGGAAGGUACUCACAUAUUCUGCACAGGAUAGUAUAUACAAGGUGUUUGACCUCAAAAAUUAUACAAUGUUAUACUCCAUAUCCGAUAAAAAUGUUCAAGAGAUUAAGAUCAGUCCAGGGAUCAUGUUAUUGAUUUUCGGUAAAGUUGGUGGCCAUGUUCCUCUUAAGAUUCUAUCAAUAGAGGAUGGUACUGUUCUCAAAUCAUUUAGUCAUCUUCUUCACCGGAAUAAGAAGGUGGAUUUUAUUGAACAGUUCAAUGAGAAGCUUCUUGUCAAGCAAGAAAAUGAAAACCUCCAGAUUCUUGAUGUCCGCAAUUCUGAGCUAACUGAAGUUAGCAAAAAUGAAUUUAUGACACCGUCAGCAUUUAUAUUUCUGUAUGAGAACCAGUUAUUCUUGACAUUUAGAAAUCGGACAGUGGCUGUGUGGAACUUCCGUGGAGAGCUUGUAACUUCAUUUGAGGAUCACCUUUUGUGGCAUCCUGACUGCAACACUAAUAAUAUAUAUAUCACGAGUGAUCAGGAUCUCAUUAUCUCUUACUGCAAGGCUGAUUCUGAUGAUCCAUUGUCUGAAGGAAAUGGGUCCAUCAAUAUCAGCAAUAUAUUGACUGGGAAGUGUCUUGCUAAAAUAAGAGCAAGCAACAGCUUCCCUGUGGAAAACGAAUGCAGCUAUGGUUAUGGUUGCAGCAGUUCAAAGAAGCAGAGCAAUAUGUCAAGAAUUAGAAGCACGGUGGCGGAAGCGUUGGAAGAUAUUACUGCACUUUUUUAUGAUGAAGAGCGGAAUGAGAUAUACACGGGGAAUAGGCAUGGUCUAGUUCAUGUGUGGUCUAACUGAUGGGGUUGAUGUGAUUAGGAAAUGUAAUUUACUUGCGUGGAGGUUGAGUUGGUUGUGAGUCUCACGAAACUGUACCAUUAUUAAGUGUUAUUGUAUCAAGUCAUUUUGUUUCCGGUGUUAAUUCAGCCCUAGCCUAGCCCCAGCCCUAGCCCUUUUGUGUUGCUUUGUGUUAGCAUUUGCGAAUGAAAUGUUGCGUAGAAGGGAGGAGAGAAAUUUGGAGAGUUUGCUUCUUGUGUUAGGUAAGGGAGGAAAUGGAUAUGAGAAGCAAAGAUGGUGGCGUGUGGGGUUGAUGAAAUCAAUUGCAAUUGCAAUUGCAACUGCAGUUGCUGGAAUGAAUGAAUGAAUGAAUGAUGAAUAUUGUUAGUAAGAUGCGAGAGAGAAUACUUUGGCAACGGACAAGGUGGUGCGCUCCAGACCAGACCAGGUCAUUGAUCAAUCAAUUACCAUAUCAUCACGUGACUGCGUUCGCCACUUUUCCUUUCAUCCGCUGUCCCCUUUAAUCCAUUUUCAUUUACUACUACUACCACUACUACUUUAUUUUAUUUUAUUUAUUUAUUUAUUUAGAUACGAGAAAGAGAGAGAGUGACCUCACUGUUUUAUUGUUUCUUCUUUUUUAUUACGAGAUUAUUGUCUUCUUUUUGAAAGAUAAAUUUAAGGAGGUAGGCAAUGUCUUCUUUUGAAGACAUUUUAAACA